AUGGAUCUACUCUUCAAACAGCAACAGAAGAUAUGUAAUUAUAAGGAUGAUAGGAAAACGGAAGUAUUAGCUGUCAUUGGAGGUUUUAAAGCAGACUAUGCCAUCCAGAUGAAUACCAUCAUGGGUCUCUACAAGUUCCCACAGCUCACCUACGGUGCAUACGAUGCUCCACUCAGGGGGAAAACUGUAUUCCCUGCUUUGUACCAAAUGUCACCGAGGGAAACGGCUCUGCACUUGGGGAUUGUCCAGCUACUCCUGCAUUUUGAGUGGACAUGGGCUGGGCUCAUUGUUUCAAAUGAUGAUGCUGGAGAAAGCUUUGCACAGAUUUUGACAUCUCUGCUUGCUGAGAAUAACAUCUGUGUUGCCUACAUGCACACAUUUGGAGAAAAAAUAAAAUAUUGGCAUGAAGAUGGCAUGAAACUUCAUUCAAUGGUACAUCAAGACAUGAUAUUCACUACAGUCAAUGUGGUCAUUGUAAGUGGGGAUACUAGCUCUCUGCAGGAUCUUGCAUAUAUGUUAUCAAACAUUUUCCGAGGGAAAUAUUUCGAUAAGGUUUGGCUCGCAACACCUCGGUGGGAUAUCAGCCAAGAAUGCAUGUCAGACCCCUUGUCUCCUUGUUUCCAUGGUUCCUUGUCCUUCUCAGACCACAGAAAACCAGUUCCAGGUUUUUACAACUUUCUCAAAAACCUAAAACCCGAUGAAUCCAUGAUGCACUUUAUCUAUACAUUUUGGGAAACUUCAUUCCAAUGUUAUGUUUUUGAUGAAAUGCAGGAUUUUGAAAAAAAGUGUAGCAGAAUGGAAAGAAUUGGGAUUAACCGCACACCUUUUUUUGAGCUGGAUAUGACUAGUGAAAGCUACGCUCUCUACAAUGGUGUCUAUGCCAUAGCAUAUGCAUUGCAUAACAUUCAUAUUUCAGGGCAAAACCUCAUGAGGAAUAGAGCAAAAUUCAAACAGUUGAAUGUUCAGACUUGGCAGCUCAACUCUUUCCUGGAAAACGUCCAUUUUAACAAUGGGGCUGGGCAUGAAGUCUUGACUGAAAAUGGGAGAGUCUCAGCUGGCUAUGAUAUCAUCAACUGGGUCGAAGUCCCCAAUGGCACUUACCAGAAAUUCCAAGUUGGGCAUAUUUCAGCAAGCCACGAGCUCACCAUCAAUGAGGAUGCCAUUGUGUGGAGUAAGAUUUUUAACCAGACAAAGCCUCAUUCCCAGUGUGUUGAGAGAUGCCACUUUGGACAGCACAGGAUGAUCCAGGAAGGGCAGCCCACUUGCUGCUAUGACUGUACUCCAUGCCCAGAAGACAUGUUUUCUAAUAAGGCAGACGCAGUUCAUUGUGACAAGUGCCCUGAAGAUCAAUAUCCAAAUGAAAACAAGGACCAAUGUAUUCCCAAGGUUAUAACUUUCUUGACGUAUGAUGAGCCCUUAGGGAUCACUUUGGUUUCACUUGCUGUUUCCUUUUCUUUCAUCACAAUUUUUGUAUUCCAAACCUUUCUCAGGAACUGGAAUACUCCCAUUGUCAAAGCCAACAAUCAGAACCUCACCUGCCUUCUUCUCAUCUCCAUCCUGCUUUGCUACUUGUCUUCUCUCCUAUUCAUUGGCAAACCUCGGAACGCCACCUGCCUUCUCCGACAAGCAGCCUUCGGCAUUGUCUUCUCUGUUGCAAUUUCUUGUGUGUUGGCAAAAACAAUCAUUGUCAUCCUAGCUUUCCUGGCCACAAAGCCAGGCAACAGGGUGAGGAAAUUUCUAGGGCAGAAAGUAGCAAAUGCCAUUGUUCUUUUUUCUUCCCUCGUUCAAGUGGGCAUUUGUACUGUUUGGGUGUCAACCUCUCCUCCCUUCCCAGAUGCUGACAUGCACUCACAGACUGGACACAUCAUACUGGAAUGUAAUGAAGGCUCCAUCACCAUGUUUUGCUGUGUACUGGGUUACAUUGGCUUUCUUGCCAUCAUCAGCUUCAUUGUAGCUUUCCUAGCCAGAAAAUUGCCGGAUACUUUUAAUGAAGCCAAGUUCAUCACCUUCAGUAUGCUGCUGUUUUGCAGUGUUUGGGUGUCCUUUAUUCCAGGCUACUUGAGCACUAAGGGGAAAUAUGUUGUGGCUGUGGAGGUUUUUGCCAUCUUGGCUUCCAAUACUGGACUAUUGAUUUGUAUCUUCCUUCCAAAAUGUUACAUUAUUCUUCUGAGAGCUGAUCUGGAUUCUAGGAAAUUACUACAAGGAAACACAUAA